UGUGACGUCGAAAUCGUGCACAUGAACGUCGCGUUCACGGCCACAUACCGCUGGAUGUACGGAAGAGAAAAAUGGGUUAGCUAUCCAAAGGUUAGCGUACCAAUUCGGUUCGCGCCGUUCCAUGCCAUAAAAGAAACGCCAUUUGAUCCCGGCGUGAUGGUAAGCUCCAGCUGAGGUUCCUGGGGGAAUAAAAACCGAAUGAUAAUAAUAGUAGUAAUCUAUUCUAUUAAAUAAUUGAUUUUAUUAAAUAGUUAAUUUGACUCGUAUAAGCUUGUAGUAUAAAUUAAUGAGGAUCCUGACACGAAUCAAAUCAGUGAUUUUAAAAUUUUUAGUUUAGUUUAGUAAAAAAUAAAGCAAAAUAACAAUAGUAAUAAUCAUGAAAAGUUCAAAAAUCAUUCAGAGUACUCAUAACUUAAUCACACUGAUUUUAUGUGGAGAAAUUUAUCCAGUUUUAUCGUGCUGCUAAUUUGUCGUUCUUUCCUUCUCUAAUCUAACAGUAGUGGUGGUCACUCGGGUAAAUUAUACAUUUACGAACCUACGAAUUAGGCUUUGCUUUUCUGGAAGCUAAAUUCCAAAUUUUUAUUGAUUAUAAAUUAAUUCCACUUGUAAAUUGGCAAACACAUCAGCGUUUACGCAUUUCGAUUCAAACCAGUUUGAGCAUUGUUGUGAGACACUUGAAGGUAAGGAACUUUCUGUUUAGGUAUGUGAAUAAACUUCUCUAAACUUAAAUGUGCAAUUAAUCGUCAUUGAUGAAUAACAUGUAUAUGCUUUUUUUUUUCAUUUAGAAUGAUUGACCAUCUUUUGUCAAGUACUUGACAAUUAUACCUGCUUGCAUAUUACUCAGCAUAGUGGAAACACUGUAGAUUUACACACAUAAUUAUAUGUUGUCAAAUAUUCGUAAAAAUUAUGAGUGACUCUCAAUGAAUAGAAGUUUGUUAUUUCAGAAAGUUUUGGUGAGAUCUAGAGUGCUUAGGCUCAGCUCUCCUCGUUACGGGACGUCAACGCUACGGAAAUAACGUGGCGAUCAAUGUAUGCAUACAGCGCUGGAGUGAGAGACGGAUCGUACAAACGUAUUUCUGAUGCUCUUAAAACAUUGUUUGCACCGGGAACAAUUUCUCUCCGAAGGAUAGUCGAGUAGAGGAAUCAUUCGUCGAUUCGAAUUUUAUGCCUUGCGUUGAUUGACGGCUAUUUCUACCGUGGCAGAUGUUUUGUGCUUUCACAAUUUUCAACAGCAGCAUUAAUAACUGCCUGUGUCUGUUCUUCCGUGCGAGAUCGCUUGCCACUUGAUAAACUGUAUGGACAAAUACUUGCUAAGUGCGGCAGCUGUGUCAGUGGUGAGCUUUUAUAUAGCAGCGAGAUUUCACAAGAAAAAUAGGGUGAAAAUGGCCGCCCGCCAAGUGGUCAACGAUCUCAUAGCAAAGAACGCGCUUGUAGUCUUUUCAAAGACGACCUGUCCAUAUUGUCAGAUGGUUUAUUCGAUCCUCGUUUCUGACAUAAAAGCUGAGGCAAGGUUCGUCCAGCUGGAUAAGCGUAAGGAUGGACCGUUAAUUCAAGACGUACUUCAGGAGAUGACCGGUAGUCGCAGCGUGCCGAAGGUCUUCGUCCGAGGAUCAUUUAUUGGCACUGGUGAUGAUACUCGUGCACUCUACGAGAACGGGAAGCUUGUUGGCAUUCUGGCGAAGGCCGGUGUUAAAAUGGCUCAAGAAUCAAAAUUAUAAUGCUAAUAAGUAAUAUGCCAUCGUAUGGUUGUUUGCACUGAAAGCUUCAAUCAAUAAUGGUUACAAAAUGAGACAUAUUUGGUGAAUAGUUUUUAGAUACUAGGCUUAUAGGUCGAGUGUACGUUCGUAUUUAUAUCAAGGACAACUAAUAUACUUACAAUGAUAUUUGUACAAGGAUAACUAGAAGUAGUAUUGACGGCUAUUUAAAUUGGCAAUCUAGAGGCAGAUUAAGGAUGACUUAUAUAAAAGAUACCAUUGUUAUUACUAAUAGAUAUGUUUUCUAACAUGUGCAUGUAUUUACGGUUUGGUAUCCACUUCUUCUUGAUAUAGCUUGAGAAGUUUUUUUAAAAUUUAAAUACUUUCUUAACUACAAUAAAUCCAAUCCAUUCUUAAAGAUUUGUA